AUGACUGAUGAGGUGACUCCUCAGGGUUCACACCGCACCGUGCGCACCAAUCGCACCAAUGAGUUGAGUUUGGAGGUGAAGGCGCCGCGGCGCAUGGCCACCUUCCGUCGGGGGAUCUCCUUACAGAACCACUGGCGAUGGAUAUUUUCUUUCCUUGUAGUCAGCGUUAGCAUUGCCUUCCUGGUUUUGACGAUUUGCUUGGUCCCGUUUCCCAGCGAUCUUCUCCAGGCCAACCACAGCCCUUCGCAGCUCACGCCCUACGAUCACCUCAACAUGGCCAUCACGGUGACCCUCAUGCAGGUCACUGUCCCACCGGCCGUGGCCUUGAUCCUGCGCUACCAUACGGAGUGUCAGCGAGACUUGACCGUUCUGAUGGCUGCGACUUGGACCGGGGAGAUGACUUUAGCUGCCAAGCACUUGUUGCACUUCCAGGGCUUCGACAGGUAUGGCGUUGGAGUCCCAGCUGCUUUGGCUGGCCUGCUUUGGGUGGGCUUGAAGUUGGAACAUCUCUUGAUCAACGCCCUGGUGGACUUGGAGCAGGUCCUACCGCUGGACUUUCGCCUGCCACUCUUGAGAUUCGUACUGAGAAUAGAAAUGUUCACCGUGGUGCUGAUCGUGGUCAUCAUCGGGCUUGAUGAAAUUCUGGAUUCUCAGUUUCUGCGAAUCUCCGGCAGCUUUUGCUGUUGGAUGUAUCUCUGCUUGGGGAUCUACUUUUACUUCAUCUUGCGCACUGGUCUCAACUUUCUCGUUGCCGAAGUGGAUCGUGCGCGGGGGCGCCAAGAUGGUUUGGCGAAUCCGGACGUGAUGGCGGCGAUUUACAAGAUCCGAACGUAUCGCAGGACUUUGGGCCUUUGUAGUCUGACACGGCUGCUGAUUUUGGUGCACAGCAUGCUCUUCAGCGGCUAUCUGUGGCCCAUCCCCGACGAUAUGGUGAAGAGAGUGCACGAGAGUCUUGGGAACAGUUUUUUCACUUUCGUCUUGACGGAUUCGUCGUUGGCCUGCAACCUCUGGUUUGUGAGUUUGAUUGUCGGCAUCACGUACAUCAUGGGAUUUUCUUCUCUCUUUGCCACACACCAAAGGCACGAGGAGGAACAAGCGCGGAUCCGCAAACGCGGGGAGCGACAGAGGACCUAUCUGCCUGCCAUGGACGAGGGCUGGCAACAGAAGGUCGAAGAUUUGGCCAAAAGAGCUCUGAGUCUCGAGGCCUUACUGAAUUUUUACAGCGGUCUGGGACGUGACUACAUGCAUCACUUCGAUUCGCAUCGACAUACCACAGAUGACGUGGUCCGACAAGCGAUCAUCCCUCUGAGCGCCCCACAUCAGUCGGACAUGUCCAAGAUCUUAAUGCAGGGCCGACGCAAGCGGCCCAACGCCAUGGUCACCCACACCUGGCACUCGCGCUUCCGUGACCUCGUGGCUUCGGUGGUGGCGGAGGCCUUGCAGGAUUCCAACUAUGCGCGCAUCGCUGUGCUGCUGGACAGUGACAUCGACUUGGUGAAGGGCUGGCUCCGGAGAACGGGUGAUCUCCAGAGCAUGUAUUGGAUUUGCGCCUUCUGCGUGAAUCAACAUAGCAGCAUUUGCCAGCCUUCAUUUCCACUCCGUGAUUCUGUGACAGGUGCAGAGGUGAAGGCUUGCGACUGUAGCUGCCCGAAGUAUUUGAACAUGGACCCUCCAU